AUGACGAAAACUGAGUGCAUCCACCCAAGCUGCAAAGAGAUGUUCUACCACAAGACGAAAAUGUUGCAGCAUCUUGAAGAGGAACACGGUGUACGUUGUGAAAAAAGUGCGCACAAUUUCAAGACAUUUUGCGAGUUCCUGGAGUGGAAGGAGAAAGAGGAGAUUACGAACUUCGUGUAUUUUAGCAAACAAAAAGGUGUCAGCGUUGGAAAGAAUACGGAGUAUUUCUACUAUAUUUGCCAGAUGGAUGGGAGCGAAAAACCACACAGGGGAAAAGACGAACCAGGCCACAAAACUGACAGACGGAACAAAAAGGGCCAAGUAAAAGACAGCACCACGUGUCCGGCACGAAUGAUUGUUCAUAAAAGUUUGGGGACCGGCGAAGUUGAUGUCAGCUACAUUCGUACUCAUAGCCACGUGCCACCUUUUCAUGAUACCCAACACCACCCGAUUCCGAAAUCCAUCCAAGAUCAAAUCAAGGGAAAACUAGCUUUGAACAUCCCGGUUACACAGAUUAUACGAGAUUUGCGUGAAGGGCUCGGAGAACGUAACAAUCGUGAGGACAUUGUGGUGGGGCAAUUAAGGGCGUACCAGUUCAUCAGGAAAAGGGUAAUGCGCGAGGAGGAGAAUUUCAAUCCCAUUGUAAUAUACAAACCGCUAGGAAGCGAAAUAGUAGUCGGAGAUGCCGAAAUCGAUGAACUGCCCCACGCUAAAGAUCUGUUCGCGGUCGGCCUGCAAAUAAGAGAACAGUUGAAGAUGAUGAACAAUCGCGAGAUUCUGUGCGUGGAUGCUACUCAUGGGACAAACCAAUAUCAAUAUGGAUUGCUGAAUCUGAUCGUCCCUGAUGAAUUUGGUAUCGGAUACCCCGUCGCCCACCUGAUCACAAGCCAUCAGGAUGAAAAGACUAUGUACUAUUUCUUCCUGGAAAUGAAGAAACGUUGUCCGGACAUGAAGAUCGCCGUAAUAAUGUCUGAUGAUGAUUAUAGCGCCCCCAACGCAAUCAAGGCUGUGUUUGGCGAAGACAUAAGACACAUCCUUUGUAAAUGGCACCUGCAUUAA